CGAUUGAUCCAAAUUGUCCGAUCUUGUGGCGCGUUGUGUUGCUACUUCAACGUGACUUUGGUUGCUUUUUUUUUUUCCUGAUUUCAGCUUCCCUCCCCUCUUCUAGCGCUCUUCUGGCUGUGAUUUAAUUGCGCCCCUUGCCCCUCUUGUGUUUGGGAUCUCGCCUAAAUCCCGAUUUACUUUUGGUCACCAGUUGUUUUCCGGUCGCCAGAGUCCCAUCGGGCACGGAAGGACCACUCGAUCGCUAAUUGCGCCCGUCUCGUUCCGGAGCUUUUGCUCUUGCGCCCAUCAUCAUGGCUCUCAAUCUCGACACCAGUGACCGCUCCGGUUUCCGUCUCCCCAAUCCGCCCCCUCUCCUUCAUACACGUGCCGGCAACGAACUGUUGGAUCGUCCUUCGACACCGGCCGACACAGCCUUCACCAGCCCCGUGCAGACCCCUCAAGGAAGCCCAAGCAAAAACCGCCUGCCUCCCGGCGCGAUCGACCUGCCGAAUGUGUUCGAGAAGGCUCUGAAGCUCAAUCCCACUUCUUCGACGAAGAAUACAAAUAACCACUACAAUCACCCCAUGUUCUCUCCGCCGCGAGCGGGGGAGGAUUUCAAUGAGAGCGUCAUCCGACAGACCCCCGCCAGCCCGACGCGCAAAUCGAAUAAAGAGAACACGCCUCCGAAUUCAACCCGCUUCGCCAAAGAUUUGGGUCCCAACCCUGCGGCGGCCGCGAUUUCUAGAAAUGAGCCAUACCAGACCCGGGAUUUGGAGAGCAUCCAGCGGCGACAGGUCCCGAUGCGGGGUCUGACUCCCGAGGAGCUGGAGAAACUCCAGACCCCCCGGGUCAAGCGCCUGGUCAACGUCACCCAGCUCUAUUUCCUCGACCAUUACUUUGAUCUGCUGAGCUAUGUCCAUAACCGACAGAAUCGCUACACGCAGUUUCGCGCCGCAUACCCGGAACCGCCCCUGACGUCGAUGGAAGAAUACGAACCCGCACUCAUGAAAUACUUGGGUCGGGAGCGGGCCCACCUUCGCAAGCGCCGAACCAGACUUCGCCAGCACGAUUUCCAAAUAUUGACCCAGGUCGGACAAGGAGGAUACGGACAAGUAUACUUGGCACAGAAGAAGGAUACACGGGAAGUGUGCGCUUUGAAGGUGAUGAGCAAGAAGUUGCUCUUCAAGCUUGACGAGAUCCGUCACAUCCUCACGGAACGUGAUAUCCUCACAGCGGCUAAGAGUGAGUGGCUGGUGAAGCUGCUUUACGCUUUUCAGGAUGAAGAUCAGAUCUACCUGGCGAUGGAAUAUGUUCCGGGUGGUGACUUCCGUACACUGUUGAACAACACUGGGGUGCUGCACAACCGCCAUGCUCGCUUCUACAUUGCCGAAAUGUUCAGCUGCAUCGAUGCGCUUCACGCGCUCGGCUAUAUCCACCGAGAUUUGAAGCCCGAAAACUUUCUGAUUGAUUCGACCGGUCACGUCAAGUUGACUGACUUUGGCCUGGCAGCUGGAAUGCUGAAUCCAGGUAAGAUCGAAUCCAUGCGCGUGAAGCUGGAGGAGGUAGGCAACACUCCAGUGCCGUUUGGGCGUCCCAUGGAACAGCGCACGGUGGCAGAGCGUCGCCAAGGAUAUCGGUCGCUUCGGGAGCGUCAGGUGAACUAUGCCAAGUCUAUCGUCGGGUCUCCAGAUUACAUGGCGCCUGAAGUACUCAAGGGCGAGGAAUAUGACUUUACGGUGGAUUACUGGAGCUUGGGGUGCAUGCUGUUCGAGGCAUUGGCGGGUUACCCACCGUUUGCAGGAUCGACGGUGGAUGAGACCUGGCAGAAUCUGAAGAACUGGCAGAAGGUGCUGCGCAAGCCUGUCUAUGAAGACCCCAACUACUUCCUGUCGCGCCGGACAUGGGACCUGAUCACGAAGCUGGUCGCUGCCAAGGACCGCCGUUUCAAGAACAUUCAGGAGAUUCACUCGCACGAUUACUUCAGCGAAGUCGAUUUCGGGGCCCUGCGUGAGCAACGUGCGCCAUUCGUGCCCGAGCUGGAUUCGGAGACGGACGCGGGUUACUUUGAUGACUUCACGAAUGAGGCCGACAUGGCCAAGUACAAGGAAGUCCACGACAAGCAGCGGGCGCUGGAGGAAAUGGCGGAGCGUGACGAGAAGAUGGGCAAGGGACUGUUUGUCGGGUUCACAUUCCGGCACCGCAAGCCAGCCAUGGACGGGAUGGGGCGCAGCUCGCCGCGCAAGCCGAUCGCCACGGACGGCAGCUUCGGCACGAUGUUCUAGUCUGCAUGGUUGUUCAUUCUAGCACGAGCUGGGUCUCGGGUUAGGGGUUGAUUGAGCGAGUAUGAAUUAAUGCUUUAUGGCUGGGUAUUUUCAGAGUGAGGGGAGAAGUGUAUGAUACAGCGUCUCGUAGAAUACAGUUUGCCUGUUGAGUGAUCCAAGUAAUCUUGAGCUAGCUGGUGCUGGUGCU